CCGCGCCAUUUUCAAGAACACUUGUCGGAAUAAAUAAUGGAGGAAUUUCAAACGACUGACGGCAGAGGAAAACAUAACCAGGUUAGAUUUUCUUGGGUGCUCUUAUGAAAGGAAAUCGGGAGUGAGUUACUGGAAUGAUGGGCAUGUGAGAUUGCUCUGUGUUCUGGUCAUAUCGUUCCACUUCGAAGGAUAUAUCUACAAAGAUUGAUACGAACUACUUUUCUAGGUUUUUACAUGGCUGCAGCAAGUCUUUGGCCAAGAUCAUAUUCCCCAGUUUGAGAUAAACAGCUUCACUUUGAAUGUACUGGAACGACUUGCGAAAAGAAAUCUGAAACAGAAUAAGCAUGCUGAACUUGUCACAAAGGACCAUACUCAGAAGACGGUGGAAUAUUCUGCUGAAGGUGCUGUACGCUUAAUCUUUAUUGGACACAUUUUUUUGCAUACACAUUAUGAUAAAGUCUUCCUAUUCUUUCGUUUUACCUCUAUUUUUUACUUGUAACUAUAAAGGUAGGUCUGUAUGUCCAGGUAUUUCUAGAUAUAAAAGCUUAAACAUUCGAGUCUCAUGUGGGUCUACGUAAUUUUGGUGAUUGGUUCAGAGAGAUGACUUUUGAAAGUUCUAGAACUUUCAAAACAGUGCUUAUACCCACCUAGCGUAAAAUUUUCUUGCAUCAUACGAAUUUCUAUGCUUUAACUUUCCAUGUUAUCGUGAAAAUGAUUAAUUCAGGACCACUGAAACGCAUAAGGAUGGAUAAUUUGUUUUGUCUGUAAUCAGUUGAAAGACUCAGCAGGAUAACAGAACAAGUGGGUUUACCAGUAUCCUGCAUGUCACAGUCAGGACGCAUGAGUUUAAAAACCCUAGCAUCUAUGGCCUUGUUGCUUGGGACCAAAGACUGCUCCACUUCAAGGUAAGCAGAUUUGGUGAAUUAUUGAAUGCAACACAGUUAAGACAGUUGUUUUCCCUAAAAAAUAUUGAAGGAGUGGUAUCCUUAUUGUUAUUUUGGUGCUGAGACAAAUCCAUUGCACUUUCUGAAGUGGACUGAAGAGAAGUGAGGGGAUGGUGGUUUCUCAUCCUAGUUGUCACUAAUAGAAAGCGUAUAUUGCCCAUGGCUUGCAUGCAAAAAAAGAAAACAAAAUCCGAAUGGUAUUUCAAAAUGGGUUAUUCAUUAGUUAAUUUCUGAACUGUUUUAUAAAGUCAGAGAAAAAAAUGGGAUUUCUGAUGUUUGAGUGGCUGUAGUGCAAGCUGUUGGUACCAGACCCCAAGCAAACCUCUCCUGGACUUGUCUCAAAUAUACCUGCAGGCAGAGAAAUGGGUAUCCUGUGGUACUAGUAAUAAUGAGGGCCUGUUCACAAGCUAAGUCCUUCUAGAUGAUCAUCUGGGGUCAAGUAUGCAAUUUUCAUGCUUACUUGUAAAAAGCAAUAAAUAUCACCGGACAUCAUCUGUCUGCAGAGAGAAAGAUCUCUCUCUAAUAAUUUUCACAGUGGUUUUUCAUUCAUUGUUAGUCUUCUGUUGGGCAUUGCUGAACAAAACCAAGCCCUGUCUGCUGCAGUGGAUGCUAACACAGAGGAGAAACGACUUCUGUCCAGAUUAGUGGUGAAGACAAAGAAAGCACAAGCUGAUGCUUCUGAUCUACAGAGGUAUCAACUGAUAAACUCAGAUUACCAUAUUAUGCACCAAUUAUUAUAUAACCCUUUAAUUCCACCAAUUAUUAUGUAACCCUUGUACUCCAAAGAUCAAAAUGUCAAUUCACUGCACUGUACUCCAUUCACUGCUUAAUUAUAUUUUUGGCUUUGAGAAUUUGGUGUCAAAUCAAUCAGCAUCUCCAAAUUUAUGGUUUCCUUUCUUCAUCUCACCUUUUUGCUCCAGAAUUUAUGUAAUUGUAAUAUCCAUAUAACACCACCAACAACAACAACAACCAAACAGCAUGGUUAUAAUCUAUUCUGGAAAUACCACAAGUCUUAGUAGCUUGCUGGCCUUUCACUGUUGGAGCUUAUCAUGUUUUCUUUGCAUGACAUAACCAAAAGUAUUGGUAGUCCAUGUACAUGGGAUACCAGUCCUAGGAGCUACCCUCCAGAGUGGAGAUAGGUGUUGUGAAGGUAAAAUGUCCAACUAAAAAACAUGGUGCAAUGACCCAGCCAGAGCUUUGCCACCUUAUCUCCCAUAUUGGAAAAAAGAGGGACUGUUAGGGUAAAGUCUGUAAUCAAGCAAAGAUAUAGUUUACUUCAAGAGUUGCAUUGUUCCAGGUCUCUUGAUGGUCUCCAGGAUCAAAUAGCAUUACAGACUCCUCAGCUGAAGAAAAAUGCACAAGAAACUGACUUUGUUAAACUCAAGUGUAAAGAAUAUGAGAAAAGCAACAGGGAACUUGAGGUACAAGUAAAGCUCAGAACUAUAUAUUUCUGUAAUUCUCAACAAUAAUAAAAAUGUCCAUUUAUUAAUUGAAUAAUAAGAUGUUUGUCACUAGGAUCACCUUGCUCAAAACUGACCAGUCUGAUUAUUGAAAAUGAGCCAUGAUUCCAUUAUAAGUGUCUUUGUCAUCUUUGCUUGCAUUGUCCUUAAGAAGGGAUUGGCACAACUGAAUUAAAAUAGAAUCAUUUACCAUUUCCAAUUAUUCUCAAAUUGUUCUAUUGGUGAGUGAUGCAUUUAACUUUAACAACACAGUACUGUAUAAUGAUUUCAUAAUUUUUGGUUCACAGCAUACCUAAAUGUUACUGGUCAAUGAACUAGGUUAUUUCUUGCCCAGAGAUUCUUUAGUUGUAAUUGGACAUGAUAUUAUAUUCCUGGAUUAUGCUGACUGCACUUCAAUGAAUCCACCAACCACCUAACUGGUUAAAAUAACCUUUCAUAAAAAGAGCUUGCCAUCAAAUGAUCCAAAGCUGCAGAUUUCUCAAAAUGGAGAGAUAAGUAAAUAAGAAUGUCUGUAUUAAAGAUGUUUCACUUAUAUUAUCACAGUUAUUUGCAUGUAAAAAUUAGAAUUACAACUCCUUUUUUCUUUAAAACAAUUUGUUUUUCUUGGGAAUUGGACAUUUUUUAAUAAGAUUGUGAUGAGACUUCAGGUUGUACAGUUAAGCCUUGUUUGAAUAUCUUGGCAUACAGGUGGCCCCUUCAAAUGCAGAAAAGUAUCAGAUGCAACAGAGCAUACAAACCAGUUAUGUUGUUGUUUGAUUAUUUAAGCCUGCUAGGUAUAAUUCAAUUUAUACACAAUGUAUUAAAUCUUUUUUUAUAUAUAUAUUUUGUAGGGAUAUCAAAGCAAAGCACAGUUAGAUUCCUCAAUGUACCACAAUUCCCUUGUUAAGAAGGCAGAGGUAUCAACUUAAGCCAUCCUAUUCACUGUACUUGUGUACUCUACCUAAUCAGAGGUCACUCCUUUAUACUGAUCACUUUGGAAAUUUAUUGUGAAAGGUUCUGUUAAAAGGUGGAAUAUCAGUCAGUCCAAAUUUUCAUACCUAUAUAUUUUUUGAUACUGAUAAUAAUGAGUAUAGUAUCCUUAGUGAAAAAUUUAAUGGUAAAUAUAGAAUGUGUCAAUAAAACCCACUUGCCAUCUGAAUGAAACUAUUCAGCAAAGGUAACAAAUAGAAGGGGAAACUAUUUUGGUUUCCCUAAAUUUUGACGUACUUAAUAUGCAACACUAAUACAACUGUAAACAUCCUUACUCCUUUUGUAAUAAUUAUAUCAAUUUUUUUUAAAUUUAAAACACUGGUCAAAUAAGUUAAAUUUGGUGAUAAAUCCUUUGUAAAAAAAAAAGAAACAUUAUGGAUAACAUGACUCAAAAAUAACUCUGAAAACCUAUCAUGAUGAUGACCCAGUAAAGACUGUCAUGUAACUUGCAACAUCAUUCUUUCAAUUUUCAGGAAGUGAGACUAAUUGAAGAAAAGAUGAAACCAAUGAAGAGGAAGUUAGAGGGUUACCAUAGCCUUCCACCUGUAAGUGGAGUCUUGUUCAACCCUAUAGAGCAAACUUUCGUGAAUUACCUUUGGCUUCUCGAUGAGACUUUGGUACUUUUGAAUUGUUAUUUCAAACUGCACUGUACAUCAUUCUUUGAUUUGAAGAUUUUAAUAAUAAACAGAAGAUAAAAUGGCUAGUGUAAGAGACAAAUUCUACCUUAUUGUGCUGGAAACACAAAAAAUACCUCAGAGCAAAACUGUACAAUUGAUUUAAGCCAUCCUGCACAACCAUGCAAUAUAUUCUAUAUUUUAAUGACUACCAAGUUAUCUUUCACUAUUAUGUAUUAGCUCAUGUAAAUGGUUGACUUGUAAUUUUAGGAAACCAAUUUUUGUGUGUCAUUAUUUUUUCAAGGAUAUUUCUCAAGCUAAGGUGAAAGUUGAAGAAGCAAAAAUACAAUUGGUAUGUUUUCCCCAAUUAAACAUUGAGUAGUACACAGUUGUACAUUGAAGUUUGUUUCAAACAUGUCUCUCCAUCACUAUAUUCAAAUUAUUGAAGCUCCAGUCAUUCAUACCAUGUUUUCUAUUAUUUUUCUCUUCUCAUGAAACAAGCAGUCCAUGUUUCAUGGUUUUGGUCACUAGCCAGGAUAAGUUGGUCUAGCACAAAACAUUGAAAUUUGUUUAGAAAGAUCUUAAAAAGCAAACAGGUUUUUUUUCUUGAGGUUACAUGAUGUGAUUUUAAAAUUUUUAUAUUAUUCUCAUGAGAAUUUUACUAGCAAGACUUGAUUUUGGCUCAUUGCUUGAUCCAAGGUGUGUUACCUGACACAGUCUUCUUAGCGAUUGUGAUAAUUGUUCUCAUGUAAAAGGCCUUUAGUUUGGCACAAUGAAUUUUUAUUGCUCUGAUGCUCAUGUUUUGACAUUCUUAGGAAAUGGUAGAGAAACUACUAUCCGUCAGCAUAGACACACUUCAUUUAUGAUCACUCUUCAUUGUUAUCAAAUGUAAGACUACUGUGGUCCAUUCAACACACAAAUGAAAAGGCAAGGGACAAGGAUUUGUUGGAAAAAAAGCAACUGUGCAUAUGGCUUUAUAGUUAGUGUCUGGCUUGUGCUGUCCAAUGUUCCCUGGAGCUUGCCAAGAACAAUUUGGCUCAGUGUUGAUGCUAAGAAAGCAACCUUUGCAAGAUGGUGCCUGAAGGCACAAAAGCAUCAUUUCAAAUUGGCAUGAAGCAAGAAACCAGUUGAUAUAGUUGAACUCAUUUAUGGUUUGAAGUAAUGCUUGAAACACUGGCAAAGUGCAAGACUAUAUAUUUCAUAAGUUUAAUGGAUUCUUUCAGAAUAAAUAUUUAUUAUUACACACAAAUUAGGCAAAGAGGUACAUCUUCAAUGGACUAAAAAUAGCUAUGUUUUGGAAUGAAAUGAUGCCUGUUACAACAACAUGACAUCAACAAUUGAAAUAACAUUUUUGAUCUUAUGCAUGUUACAACACUUUGUUGAAAUGUCUUCAGGUGAAGUAGUAAACUUUAAUUAGGAAACUGUAAAAAGAAAAAAAGUAUUCAGAUUUUAAAGAUAAUGUAAACAAUAGUAAUAAUUUGAAGUGAUCCUUAUCCCAGAC